CGUUCAGGUCACUUGUGUGCUUAAGAUCAAUACGGUUUAACGGAACAAUGUGACAAAUUGAAAAAGUUUAAGGAUGAAUACAAUCAUAAUUAGGAUUAAGUGCGGCUCAAAGUAUUGUCCGGCAGAGUGUUAGAUGAGUGCCAGGAAAGCAAGUGGAAAACGUAGCAAAUGGAAACACCACCGAGUAUAGCGGAACAAUGCAAGAUGAUCAGUUUACACGUGAAACGAUCACGGCCAGUGAUAACAGCGAAUCAUCCCCCGAGGCAGAAGAAGAAAGUGAUAACCCUCUUAUCUUUGUACCUACGAAUCCGCUGGAGUGGACCGGUGAGCACAUCUGCUCCUGGGUUCAGUGGGUUUCGAAAAAGUUCAACGUAUUCCCCAGCCUGGAACCGGCUAGAUUUCCCUGCAACGGUGUCGAUCUGGCAAAGUUUACCAAAGCGGAUUUUUGGGUUUGCGCCGGCAGUAAAGCCGGCGGUGAUACGCUGUCGAAACACUUUGCUCAUUUGCUGCAAAGCGGAACCGGAAUCGAGGACAAGCUGCUAGGAAACAAUAUUGAUCCAGAACCCUACCAACUGUUGAAUGCAGCUUCCCAUCGUCUAGUGGCACAAGGUGGGCAGAUCCAACUGUGGCAGUUUCUACUCGAACUGCUCGCUGAUUCGUCCAACGAGCGCUUCAUUCAUUGGGAGGGGACCAAUGGGGAGUUUAAGCUCAUCGAUCCAGACGAGGUGGCUCGACGAUGGGGUGAACGGAAGGCGAAGCCAAACAUGAACUACGACAAACUGAGUCGAGCGUUAAGAUACUAUUACGACAAAAAUAUUAUGACCAAAGUUCACGGCAAACGAUACGCGUACAAAUUUGACUUCCACGGACUGAUGGCCGCAUGCCAGGCCCAAACACAACUCACCGAUCCGGGCUCCAGUUGUAUGAUCUCACCGAAUUACACUAAAUACUCAUCGCACGUGGAUCCAUACGGGACAAGUUUUUCCAACAAACCAACUGAAAGCAGCCCAAGAAGCUUCGGAACAGCGGCCAGUCCGGAAUCGAUCUCCACCGCAUCAUCAUCGUCGCCUACCUCACUAACCCCUGGUAGCGGUGGAAACACAACGAUGGUACCCUACUGGCCACCGUAUGCUGCAUAUUCGAUGCCGUCGGUACCUCAAACUACUACUGUCAAUCCUGUUCCUGUUACUUCCCCAUCAGCAACGACUGCUGCGAUACCUGACGAUGUUACGACAUCCUAUAAAUCCUUCGAUCAGUAGAACAGGUUGUUGCACUUGAGGUAUUAUUAAAUUAAGGUUCUUGAAGCUAGAUUAAACACACACAAAAAACGGGCCUCGAAGAUGCUAACGGUGUAAUAUGUUUCUUUGGCGUUUGUUGGUCUCUUACUUAGUACAUGUUUCG